AUGCGCAUCCCAAGAUUCCCUACCAUCGUCAGGACUUUCUACACAUUAAGCAACUACAGCGCCCGCGUUUCAGCACAAACAUCUUACAAAGCUCUACAUCCAUUCUCCAGGGCUACCGUUCUCAAGUCAAUGCCAACCAUACCCUUCCUAUCCAGUUUCUUCAGCUCCAGCAGUUCCGACAAGAUGUCUUAUCCGCUUGAGAAGAGCAAUGAUGAGUGGCAAGCUGUGCUGAACAAAGAGCAGUUCCGUAUUCUAAGAGAAAAGGGAACAGAAGCUCCUUUCACCGGCAAAUAUGACAAGCACAUGCCUGAAGAAGGCGUGUACACCUGCGCCGGCUGCGAAAAGCCUCUCUACACAGCGAAGCACAAGUUCAAGUCCGGUUGUGGAUGGCCCGCCUAUUUCGACAGUAUUCCAGGUGCUGUGACCCGUCAUACUGAUCGCACGUUUGGGAUGGAGAGGACUGAGAUUGUGUGCUCGAAUUGUGGUGGCCAUCUUGGACAUGUGUUCAAGGGGGAGGGACAUAAUACCCCAACGGAUGAGAGGCAUUGUGUGAACAGUGUCAGUUUGAACUUCUCGAAGGAUGAUAAAGCCGUGGAGGGUGCGAAGACGGAGAGCAAGGUUUGA